AUGGCUGCCGAAAAUCACAAAAACAUAACAUUUCAAGUUAUUCAAUGUGGAAUCUUAAUAGCGCUGAUAAUACAGUGCUGUGGUAUGGCUAUUGCAUACAGAAUGAUGCAGCAGAAGAGGUUAAGGAUACUUGAUGCAUAUUUUCAAGCAAAAACCAAGAAACUGAUGAGAAAGAGAAGGCAUCUAAUGCUUCGUCGGCUUUGCCGAAAACCAAGAAGCACCUGGGUAGUAUUUGGUAGGACCGAUCAGUGGUGGAGGAAUCUAAUUAGUGAGAAUGCUUUAUCCAUUUCAUGGAAAAAAAAUUUGAGAAUGAGCAAAGAAAACUUUUACCGUUUGGUUGCUGAACUAGAUCCUGUAAUUGGUCCUAAACCAAAUUCACCCAACUACAGGCUGCUUAGCUCAAGCAAGAAGGUGGCUGUAACGUUAUACUACCUUAAGGACACUGGCUCUUUGUGGAUGACUGCUAAUACUUUUGGCAUUCAUCAGUGUACAGCCUCUAAAGUCAUUAAGGAAGUGUGUUCUGCUAUCAACAAAUUAUUAGGGCCCAAAUACAUUUUCUUGCCAAAGAAUGAGAAUGAAAUGAGGAAAAAAGCUUCUGAAUUUGAAUUAAAAUUUGGUAUGGUGCAAGCCUUUGGACUGAUUGAUGGUACUCACAUUCCAAUCAAAUGCCCACCAGAAAAUUCUCAAGAUUUUUUUAAUUACAAACAGUAUUUUUCUCUCAAUGUCCAAGCUGUUUGUGACAGUAAGGGUUACUUUAUGGAUGUAGAGUGUAGGUGGCCUGGAUCAGUGCAUGAUGCAAAAGUGUUUGCAAAUUCAUCUGUUUGUAAAAGGCUUAACAGGAGACAGUUACCAAUCUCCUACCUCACACUUUUACCAGGUCAUGAUCCAGUUCCAAAUUAUCUUAUAGGGGAUCCAGCAUACCCCUUAACACAAUUUUGUCUAAAGGAGUACCAAACAUGCACAGACAAUGCCCAGAUAAUAUUUAAUAGUAUGCUCAGAUCAGCAAGAAAUCAAAUUGAAUGUGCUUUUGGCAGACUCAAAGCUCGUUGGGGUUUCCUCAACCGAAAAGUGGACAUAAAGUUUGAUUUAGUUCCAACAGUCAUAUACAGUUGUUUUGUAUUGCAUAAUUUCUGCGAACAAAAUGGUGACUUCUUACUAAAUGAAAAGGAAAUUUACUUGCAGGUGAUACAACAUGUACAAGAUGAAGAUACUACACCAAAUGUGCCUGAUCAAAUAUAUUCAUGUAACAACUUAGAUGGUGAAACUGUUCAUUCACUACUAACAGAUUACAUUACCCAUAACUUGCCUUAUAACUAUUAUUAA